AUCAAAUUCUAUUAAUCUCUUUCUUCUCCCCCUAAUAAUAAAUAACCCAAAAAAUUUCCCCGCCAACACCAAAGCAUGGCACUUUCUACCCCGCCAGCUCCGCCGGAUCCUCCCCCUGCCGCCGCCGCCGCCACCACCACUAUCACCGCCAUCACAACAACCGAUGCAGCUAUAACCACCGCUAGCACCACAAGACCAAUUUUCUCUAAUCCCAUAAGACCACCCACCCCUUUUUCCCUCCAAUCUUCUCAUUACCCACCUACCCAACGCCUACCGCCCUCAUCCAAUCCCAAUUACUCUCAGUUAGUCCUAAAACCUCCUAAUCCCGACCCACAACCUCAUUUUCACGGUAUUCUCUACCCGGUUGCUUCUUCCGGUCGCGGGUUUUUGCCCAAACCUAGUAAUUACCCCAAUCGGCCAGUUGUUAGCCACCCCGCGUCUAGACCACCUUUUGGGAUGAAUCAUAUGGAUCCGGGUUCGGGUCAGUCUGCGGGUGUUAGACCGACUCAUUUGCAACAUGCUCUUCUUGGGUCAUCUCCUACUGUCAAUUCUGCUGUUCCUGCGGCUUCGGGUGGUGUCUUGCCUGGUGCGGUUAAGGGAUUUCCAGUAGUCAGUUCUUCGCAUCCUAAGAUUGCUCCUACUCAGCCUUCCAUUUCAGAUUGUAAUGGUUUCAGAGAGAAGAGGGACAGAAGUAAGGAUGACACCUUUGCUAUAAUCAGAGACAGAAAGGUCCGAAUUUCUGAUAGUGCUUCUCUCUACACCCUCUGUCGCUCAUGGUUGAGGAAUGGGCUUCCAGAUGAAACUCAGUCCCAAUACAUGGAUGGGGUAAGAUCUCUUCCUAGACCUUUGGCACUGGCUCCACAAGAUGCUGAAUCUCCUGUGAAAAAGGAUGGAGAUAAAGAAGAAGAGGAAGAGGAUGGGGAAUCUGUUGAGCAUUUAUCUCCAAAAGAACUUUUGCAAAGACAUGUCAAGCGUGCUAAAAGGAUUAGAUCGCGAUUAAGAGAAGAAAGGCUUAGAAGGAUUGCAAGAUACAAAACCAGGCUUGCUCUUCUCCUCCCUCCAAUGGUAGAGCAGCAAUUCAGAAACGAUCCAGCUUCUGGAAACUAAACUAUUCAAAGAUUCAACAACUUACUGGUCCUUGGGCUCUCUCAUCUGCACCCUGCUGGAGCGCUCAUAUUUCGUCUUCAUAUAUAUUCUCAGACUUUGGGGAGUGCUCAGGUUCUCGAUGUUGUUGAAAUUGGGGGUAAAAUGGUGUAUUCUGGUGCAAUGCGUCUGUAGAACGGGCGGGCUUUAUAGUGUAAUUUAAUGUUGCUUGUUAGCUAGUAUUUUAUUUAAUCUACUAUAUCAUUCAACAGUAUCACCUAUGUCUAUUAGAAUAGGAGGUGUAAUGAUAUGGAUAGGCUAGGAAAUAAAUCAUCAAUGUUUUUGAAUUAUAAUUUAGUAGUUCUGGUGAUGUUGGAACUGUGUAUUUAACUGAGAAUUUUGAGUA